UGGUGGUGCAUUUGGACAAAUGCAACUACAGAGAUUCGGAACACCUCAAAAUACAUUUGAAGCUUAUAAUACCAAUCAACCAUCCACGUUUGGAACACCUACUUUUGGACAAAAUACAAUUGGAUUUCCAGAAACUCAACAAGGGUUUGGGACAUCUAUAGGUGGGAUCAGUUUCGAUCAAAAUGUAGCUAGUUUUGGUGUAUCAACACAACAAACAAUUGAAGAAUUCAGAUAA